UGAAAUGGACAACAAACUCAAGACUUUAGUAUCAGAGUAUGAUGAACUAAAUGAAGCAUCCAAGAUCCACCUGGAAACAAAGCGGAGGAAGUUGGAAGAUGAAAAAAGAGAAGAUCUUCAGAAGGAGGUGGAACAAACCAAGAGGGCUCUUGCUCAGCAGAACUCCCUGACUGCUGUGGAGCAUGUGAAGCUUGAGGCUAGUGCAGCUGAUGAGCAGAACUUGUUGUUUGAGCAGAGCGAUCUGCGCAUAGAAGUCGUGGAGCUUACCAGACUCGCUGCUAUCAAGGCUGAUGAGAGAGAGCAGAAGGCACGAGACUUCAUGAGGGCGGAAAUGCGCUUCCAUCGCGCUGUAGAGGACCUGAAAACAAAACAGCUGCAGAUACAGGACCACCAGAAGAAGCAUCAGGAGAUGCAGCAGAAACUGAAGGAGUUUGCCAAGCUGUAUGACGUCAUCAAGAAUGAGCGUAACAAGUGUGUGAACCUCAUCCAGACCAGCACCCAGAAGGCAGCUGAGAUGAAAGAGAAGAUCAAGAUCUUACAGAAUGAGAUCGAGAUCCUCCGUACAGCAGUCAUGCAGAAGGACAGACAACUUCAGAAGCAUCGCCUGAAGCACCGCGCAAGCCUUGAACUACGUGACAGCAUGCGGAAGGAGGUUGCUAAGCAACAGCGUGUAGAGGAGGCAAUGAGAGAGAAGCAAGAGCAACAGAAGAUGGACAUCUCCAAACUGAACCUGAUGAUCAACCAGGCCGAGGAGCAGAUGGUGCGACUCAGGAAGAGAUAUGAGAGAGCAGUGCAGCAUCGUAACGACAGAGGCAUUAAGUUGAUUGAAAGGAAUGAAGAAGUGUGCAUCUUCUAUGAGAAGGUUAACAUCCAAGAUCAGAUGGUUCGUAAUGGAGAGGUGGAGCUGAAGGCAAGAGAGGAAGAGAUCAGGUUCCUCAAGAUGCAGCUGAAUGAGGAGAAAAGAGGUCGUGAGGUCAUGAGGAAAAUGGAACCAAAUAAGCGUGCAUUUGAGCAGGAACUGGUCACACUGCAGAUCCAGCUGCAGCAGUGUCAGGACCGGAUGUUGGAGCUGGAGAAGGACCUGGAAAAUCCGUAUGACGAGACCCGAGUCCGAUACCUGGAGGGUCAUGAUCCAACCCCGGCAGAGAUACAGACUAAGGUAGAGGAGCUUGAGAUGAGAUUAGCUGAGAAAGAAGAACAGCUUCUGGAAAAAGACUUGAUCUUUGAACAGGUCAACCGACUAGCAGACCGCAUCCGAGGGAAAGCUGAGGUCGGGAAACAGGACACUCUAGAUCUAGCCAAGAAGGUUAAUGAUGUGCAAGCCAGGAUCAAGGAAACAACUCGGAAAAUGAUGGCACUGGUGUCAGAGCUGUCCAUGAACCAGGCCAAUGCCAUGAAGCUACAGCAGCAGCUGCGUGGCCAGGAGACAGAGCUGGAGCAAUGCUACAUGAGGAUGGAGAAGGGAGAACCACCGUCCGAGAUAAUAGAGAGAGAUUGGCUGCGAAUGGUCAGAGAUGAGAUGAGGAGGAUACAGGACAAGGAUGAUAUCAGAGCUGCAGAAGAAGAGGAGGAACAGUACAAGCUGGCUGGGGGAUUGUACACAACUGCCGAACCUCGACCCAACGCCUACAUUCCUGAUGAUGAUAGCGAACUGCCAAUACCACGGCCAUAUGGCUCUCAUGCUCCAUUCAAACCAAAUGAAGCUGGCUCAACUAUGCGACAUAUCAGAAAACCUGUGCCUAAACCCAUUGAAAUCUAAGCCUUCUUACUUUCUCGAAUCGUGUGCAUGGAGGAAUGUAUGGUGCUGGAAAUAUGUGCAGCUAAUGUGAAGUCGAGGGUUGCAUUUUAUAGCUUUAAAGUAUU